GCACUUAAGCUGGGCAUUUGAUAAAGCCUUUUACCUCCAGCCCUAUCUGCUCUUAGGAGUGAAGGAUUCAGGAAAAGGAUCUUGGGAUUAAGUAAUCUUUUUUGGUCAUAUGCUGAGGAGUGAACACCCUGCACAUUCCACCUUGCCAUGGUGUUGUACCAGUGCAGCCCUGAUCUUCUAUGUAGUGGGUGAUGACAUCAAGCAUCAGAAGACUUUCACAGGAUGUUUGUAAUAGACAACUAUCCCUUCAGUGUCAAUUGCUCAUCCUAAGGCAGUCCAGAUAUUUGAACACAGUACAUGAAGGAAUGUACAAAGACAGGAAAAACAACAGUUGAAAGAAAUCAACAAACCUCCUUUAUGCUAAGCACUGUCAGGGAGAGGUCUUCUGAUUUGAAAUGUCACCAAUAACUCUUUUGCUUUUAUUUUCUCCAAAAAGAGGUCCUAAUAUAUGUAUGACUGUCAAUGGCAGGAUACCAGCUCUGGUCACCAUGGACCCCACUGGAUGAGAGCUUCCAAUGGCUGCGGCACACAACACCUACAUCUUCUUCAAAGCACCCUUUUAGGGCUUCCCCCUGCUUCCCACAUACCCCUUCUGACCUUGAAGUGCAGCUGUGCUUUCAAGAGGUCACUCUAGUUCUAGACAGCCCAUUCCUGGAGCCUGGGGUGAGUCCCAAGUUACCCUGCCACACAUCAGAGCUCCAAACCAUGAACAACAAGAAAGGGCUGGUCAGGAAGCCCCAGCCUGUCCGCCUCAGUGGAGUGGAUUCCGUGUUUGGCAGGGUCAUCACAGCUCAGCCACCAAAAUGGACCGGAACCUUCAGAGUUUCAGACAAAUCAGCCUUUUGCAAAAUCAUCAGCCGGGAGCACCAGUGGCCCACUGGACUUAAGGAACCUCAAAUUCAGAUGACGGUGACCAUGUGCAAACAGAUGCUGCGCUCUAUCCUCUUACUGUAUGCAACAUACAAGAAGUGCACUUUUGCCUUACAACACUCCAAGUAAAGGGUUCCCAUCUGAUUCCUGUUCCUUAUACCAUGCCCUUUUACUAUGUGUCUGAAGUUCACAGAAACCUGUCUGUGUAAAGGAAACUGACAUCACCCCAGCAAUCUUGCUUUUCUGUCACACAGUGACAAUUCAGGAACCCCUUUAUUUCCUUUCCCCUCCAAAGAAGGCCAGUGACUGAAGCAAGGGAGAACAUUUCCACUGUAAAGCUGAACAACAUUUAAAAGAGAGUCAAACUAGCGUUAACAUGUACAUGUGAUGAACCAUUAAACCAUAUAAACCAAUGAGCCUAGUGUGAACUCACUUCAACAUCUAAGACCACAUCAUGUUCCCCAAACAUGAGUUGGGGAAACAAAGGGGUGUCAAGGAAGGAGAUUAUGGAUUUCCAUAUACAUGAGGAUGAAGGGAUCAAAAAUUUAUAGAUGGUUCAAGGAUUAAAAAAAAUAAUAAAAAAUAAUCCCCCCCCCCCAAAUCAACAACAAAAAACCCUAACCAACCACAUCCUAAUGCCACUGGAGAGUACUAAAGUGGGUAGAAAUAUUAACAAAUAUUAAAUAAAUAUUUAUAGCCUGGCAAGAAAGAACUUGGAGGCAGCAAUGAAACUGGGGUUUCUGGUGGAACACAAGAGAGCUCCCCAUUUUAGCUGGUGUACUACUAUUUUACUUCUAAUAAACAAGUAAUUUCGUAGCAUUCUUGUAACUAGAUUACAGGUAUAACUCAGAAUAAUGUGGAAAUAAAAUAAACAUAUAUACAAAGUCAA